UGCAGCCUCAUUAUUUAAAGAUCUUGAUCGUGCAAGCACGGGCUACUUAAGUAGCUUGAUCACUUGCGCAUCGAACGAUUACCCAAAACCCAAACACAGCAGCAAAACCCAAGACAGGACCGCCCAUACUCAUCUCCAAAGUUCGCUACUCUCAGCCAUGGAGAAAACUGUAGCACUAGCUCUGCUGCUACUCUUCACUCUCCUCAUCCCGACGCAUCGGUUCGCGGAAGGUCAGGCCAACUGCCGGUCCCAGAUCAGCCUUGCAAACGAGGCGUGCAGCCUGAGGAACUUCCCGGGGUCGAGGCCCUACGUGCCCCGGCAGCUACUCAACGAAACCUCCACGUCGACGACACCCGGCAGCAAGGACUACGAGCUUCGGGCCCGUCACCAUGACGACGACGAUGACGACGAAGAAGGGGGAGAACACGAGGGGCGGCACCGACGUCGACAGCGGCACCGCCACAGCGCCGACAACGGCGAGAUGGACCCGUAUGACACAGCCUGCUGCCGCCGGCUGAUGGCCACCGACAACUCGUGCAUCUGCCAGGCGUCGGCGCGCCUCCCGGUGUUCAUGGUCUCGGUGAGGCACGUCAUCAAGCUCACGCCGGUCGAGGGCUGCGAGGUCAACUUCGAGUGCCCUGCCACCUUGUCACCACUAGGCUGAUCUCUCAUUACAUUGAUUGCGUCAAUGUCUACACCAAAUCGCCAGUUCACAUUCCGUACACAGAGAUUGAAUUCUACUGCUUUAUCCAUAUUGUAAUAAAGAUAGAUUAACAGAAGUUGUAUC